AUUUGUAGUCCUGGACGCCUCUCGCGACAGAACGGGCAGGCUGUCUGGCUGCUGGACGUCCGUGCGGGUCCGUGUCGGUCGGUGCAUGCAUGCUUUCCAUCGAUUGAGCCCGAUUUGUAGCCGCAGAGAAGGAACUGGCUGUAGAAUAAGGGGCUUGUUUUAUCUGUAUAUUUUAUAGCUCUUUUUUUUGCAAGUAGCACAACCAUGGGCGUGGUAGUCGAGACAAUAUCCCCCGGUGAUGGACGGACAUUUCCAAAGAAAGGCCAGACAUGCGUUGUUCAUUACAUAGGUAUGCUACAGAACGGAAAAAAGUUUGACUCUUCUCGAGACAGGAACAAGCCCUUUAAGUUCAAGAUUGGACGGAUGGAGGUCAUUAAGGGCUGGGAAGAAGGAGUUUGCACAGGGUAAGCGGUUGAUAUGAGCCUCGGCCAGAGGGCUAAAAUCACCUGCACACCAGAUAUGGCUUAUGGAGCAACAGGCCACCCUGGGGUCAUCCCGCCAAAUGCCACGCUUAUUUUUGAUGUGGAAUUGCUCAAAUUGGAGUGAUGCCUGUAGUAAAAUAUGAGGUUGAAGGUUAGCAAAGCUGCAUUCAUGACCUGCAUCUAAAGCAAGACCGUAUCGGAUUGCAGAUUCCCACCUUCCACUAGCUCCUCUUCUUUAUACUGAUUCCUGCAGUCCUCCAGUCCUCCAGUCAGUAUUUCAGUGUAUCUUCUGCUGCUUUAUUGCCACCCUGUCAUAAUGGAUCCUGCUAGAAGAUAUUCAUAUCAUGCAAGACUUUUAAACAUGCAUCUCGGUCUCUGUUUGUUACAGGUGCUUUUUUGGUUGAGUUUCAAUUGAUGUUGUAAAUUUUCUCAAAGAAGAAAUCUUACACCUGAUCAAAAUCAAUACUACAGUGCUAUUGAAACGUAAACUGCCUUAAAAUUGGAGCAACAGAAGAAGGGUACAUGUGUUCAAGAUACAAUAUUUUUGCUCUGUACAUAAACUGGGCAUUAUAAACCACUGUCUGCAUUGCCACUUUGAUAAGGUUUGUCCUGCUGAAAGCUCUGAAUGAUGUUGCUGUUUAGUUUAUUUUGUAACCUUCAUGCACAGUCACUGCAAGUGUACCCUAUCAAAUUCAACCCAAUACUGUACAGCACUCUUGAAGAGCCAUUGCUAUUAUGACCAUUUAUUGACCAACUCUUGAAUAAAAAUGGCAACUACUGUGUGAAA